GGCUGACUGAUUGUUGUUAUUUUGCUGCCUUCAGUUUGAAAGCUAUGAAAAUAGCAAAAUAAAGAGUUGAGAUUAAAUCAUUCUCAGUAUCUUAGUAUUUGUUUUUUAUCAUAUAUAGAAAUGUAUAAACAUCCAGAUGGGUAGAAAAAUUUAUCCAAGUAUAGUUGAGGAUUGUAACCACCAUGGAUAUUAUAUAAUUGACACAUGGUGUUAUCUGUUUUCCUAUAUUAUCAGUUGUUUACCAGAAGUAUAUGAAGCUGGUGUCUGUCAUCUACCGAUUAAUAGUAAUUCGUCAACUACUUUAACACCAACAACGUCAGCUGACUUUAUGCCAAUCGAUGAUUCAGUGCUGUACUAUGAAAAUAGCUCAUUGAGUACACAGAUAACCAAGACCCCGAAAAUUAACUAUUAUGGGGAUUAUACGUGUAGUGGAAGCGAUGAUGAUGGUAGUGAUGCUUCAGAGUAUUAUACUGCUAUAUCACAAAUACCAUGUUUCGAUUAUAGACAAUUAAACUCGACAGACUUGUUUAACUCGUAUGAACUAGAUAUUCUAUACUAUUUUCCAAGUAUUCAAUCAAAUUUAAAGUCGACUCAUAGGAAUCAGUCAUAUCAGAUCUUGUUAUCGCUGAAGCAUGUCUUUGACUCAUUAUUUAGUAGGAUUACGUUAAAUAGUGAAAGAAUAAUAAACAUGGAGUUUGACGAUAAGGACUGCAACAUGCUCAGGACUGAUGACCUUUCAAAUUCCUCUCUACGUACCAGGAUAAAUCCUUUGAGUCGAUGCUUGUCAUUACCUUCAAUAAGAAGGAUGGUUAAUUCAGCCGACGAAACGUGUCAUUAUCUUAAGACUUUGUAUUUUAGUAAUAUGAACCGCGAAACAUUGUAUUCAUUAGAAGAAUGGGAGACGAAUACAACUAUCGAAGAGACUGAUGAAUUUAGCUUAUCUCAAGAUAAUGAUGAGAAUUCUUACAACAAAAUGAAGGCGGCAACUGUGGCUGGUGGGAAGCUGAAUAACUGCUCCAGCAGGCGCGGAAAUAAUAUUUACAGAGACUACCUGUAUUUGAGAUAUCCUAUAACUAAUCUGUACAACUUGUCAACUGAACAAAACUACUUAGAACGAUUUAAGAAUAAUUGUUCCUCAACGUUAUAUCUUUCCAAGUCUUAUUCAUUAUUGUCCGGCUGUGCAUACCAGAGCUUCCAAUGUUCUAUUAGUUACAGUGGAACUCCGCAAAGUUAUGCUUCAAGGAAUCUGGAUGGCGAUUUCUUAUUGUUUAUAAAGAUUACAUCUACUUCUGAAUUAUUCAAUGAAAAUGUGGAGAAUUAUCCUAUGAAACUAUUAUGUACUCAAAAUAGUCCGAGCAAACAUUUAAAAAAAACGAAAGAAUUAAUUAAAAAUAGUCCAAACUACAAUUACUACUAUUACCAACAGAUGUCUUCGUCAAAUGCCAUUCCGGAGGAGUCAUUUAAAGAGCAAGAAGACCAGGAAUAUUUGCCAGUUAAUUAUUCACUCACACUUGCCGAUAGUGACGCAUAUGAAAAUCUUGAUGGUGGACACCAGAAUGAUAGCGUUGAAUCUAAGGUGGUAAAGGUGAAAACACCUGGGAAAGUAAGUACAUUGCGGCCUUCAUCUUAUUCCGACUUUCGCAAAUGUCGACCGAAAUUGGAAACUCUAAGUAAAGAAAACAUUGAAUCUGUUUGUGCGACUACGGUUGAGUCAUUAGAAUCUAAACUACUGAUGAACUGCCCAGUAGAAUUUGCAGCAGCUGAAUUAACAGCAAGACGUGCAAUGAGGAAAGAAUCGUCAAUGUAUAACAGAAGUGCAAAAUCAUUUGCACUAUCGCCGGGUGAUAAUAAACCUAGUGAAAGGAAACCAUCAUUAAUUUUCGGUAAUUCUGUGAAAGUAGACAAACGAGAUUCAGUCCCACUAGUUAGCGAAUGUCCAACUUUUUCAGUGGAUAACAAGGCCAGUCGACCAUCGUUAAAUCUAGUCCAUCCCGCACGUAAAUCAAUUCAUUCUAUUCAUAGUAAUGGCACAAUAAGAUUAGAGGAACUAAAUGUACCAGAUGUUUAUCCUGACUCAAUUUCUCAUAUUCAAGCUACAUCCUGGGCAUCUUUCGAUUCGAAUGAAAUUGGACAAACAUUCAAACCUCCUGAUCUUCCUGAUAGUACCAGUUCAAUGACAUACGACACUCUUUUAGAAAAUUUGAAAUCUCAAAAACGCACGUCUGAUGAAGAGGAUUUCCAACAUCUUUUAGAAAAUCAUGGGAGUUUUCAAUUACAUUUGAAAUUUAUACCAAAUGGUUUAUACUUCACACCACAUAUACAUAGUUGUAAAGUGCGUCAGUUGUUAGAUGUCAAUGAAAAAGAACGGUAUUCGGUAAGGAAAUCAGGAAACUUUGUAGAACUGUUGAGAACUAUGCAUGGUCUGAGAAAAUUCUUAUAG